AUGGAAGCAGUAAACGGCUUCAAACAAGACCAAGUCAUCCUCCUCCCCCAGAAUCGCCAACUCCUCACCUUGAUGACCAUCAUCCGAGACGUCAACACCACAGGAACGCUCUUCACCUCGACAGUCGAGAAAGUAGCCCGUCAGCUCGUCACACUCGCGGUGGACUCUGUCCCCACGGAAAAACACACAGUCCAAACCCCAGUCGGAGAGAGCUACUCCGGAUGGCGCCCAGCACAAGAAGUCUGCGGCGUGAGUAUCCUGCGUGCUGGCGCGAGCAUGGAACAAGCUCUCCGCGAUACAUGGGUUGGCCCGCUGAGUUUCGGUAAUAUUCUCAUCCAACGAGACGAGGAGACGUCCCUUCCGCAGUUCUUGUACUGCAAGCUUCCAUCGCAGAUUUCGAGAUGCCGUGUUUUGCUCCUGGAGCCGAUGCUCGCGACUGGAGGCUCGCUCAUUAAAGCUAUUGAGAUUCUGAUUGAACGGGGCGUUCCGGAGCAGGAGAUUGUGCUGGUGAACGUUGUUGCCUCGAAGCAGGGACUUGAGCGGGUGAUGGGGCGAUUUCCCUUGCUCAGAAUUGUGACCGCCGCCGUGGAUGAAAACUUGACGUCUAAGAAUUAUAUCAGUCCUGGGUUAGGGGAUUUUGGUGAUCGGUUUUACGGUACCGUGGCCUAG